GUUGAGGUAGUUUAGAAAGUAUUUCUAGUCAAACGUCUUCUGCAAAAGUCCGUAAAAGAUCUAUGAUUUAAGUUUUGUCUCUUCUUCUUUUUUUAUUUGUUAGAGUCUGAAACCAUUAAUAUCCGCAAAGUAUUUUAAUCUCCUGCGUAACGAAUGAAACGGGUCACGUUACUCACACUAUGAAAUGCCUAUUCGAGCAUGUAAAAGGCAUAUAUAUUCACGCCUUUCUAAAUCCUAUAUCAACAAAGUACAACCAUCUUUGUUGAUAUACUUCUCAUCAUUUUCCUUUUCAUUUUUAGUUUCAUUAUUUAGAAAUUUAGAUUACAGACUUACAAAGUUGACACGAUCUAUUUAUAUCAUCAUAUGGAAAUCGAUUCCCAAUGCCACAAAAGUUGGAAGCUAGAGGCGGAAAUGGAGGCAACCAAUGGGAUGAUGGAGCCGAGCAUGAAGGUGUAUCAAAGAUCUAUAUACGUGAGGGUCGUGAUGGCAUAGAGUCCAUCAAGUUUGACUAUGUUAAGAAUGGAGAACCUAAAGAUGGACCAAUCCAUGGUGGCUCGGGUCAAAGUUUCACCGAGUCGUUUGAUCUUAACCAUACUAUUGAUGAACAUAUCGUAUCAAUUAAGUGUUACUACGACGAGGGCGUGAUACAAGGUCUUGUGAUCAAAACCAACAUCAGGACUUCUGCACUCAUGGGAUACAACCUUGGUACAAAGUUUAAACUUGGAGUCAAAGGCAAGAAAAUCAUUGGGUUCCAUGGAUCUUCUGACAAAAACCUAAACUCUCUUGGAGCUUAUUUCACGACGCUUUCUCCUGAUAAUUUGGAUGUCUAAAAGUUCAGCGGAAAAGCUACAUAUGAGCCCUCAAACGUUUUAUUUAUGUUACUUUGAAUCUUUACUAAUUAUAUCAUCUUUCAUGUUGUUUUGGCGUGCCUUCAGGUUAUUCAAUCUCUUGCAAAUUGCAAUAAAGCAAUGUGUAUUUUUUACCAGAUCACUUCGAUUUCUCAUAUAAUAAAAGAAUAGUUAUGUCA